GGACAAUCAGCUUUGAUGCGUCAUUUGGAGCAAAACUUAAUGUCUUAUUUUCAGGGAAACACGGUAGGAGUCGAAGGGCAGGCGAGAGUUGGACCUGGAAAUGAAAGAGGGCUUGGAGGGAAUUGGCCAAGGCCAAGGGUAGGACACAAAAGGAUACAGUACCUCCACCUGGUGGCCCCAUUAUGGAAUGGAGGUACCAGGGGCAUCCGUGGCAUGAGCAGUGCAGUGGCCCCAGAAGGCAAUCAAAGCAAGUGGGGGAAGCUACUCCAGUUCCUGGCUGACCGCUUCUAUGACGUGGAGGCUCUGAGGGAGUACCUGUUCCAAAAGCAGGUGUCAAAGAUACACCAGAAAAAUCGAUCCUUCACCUACAUCAAGGAGCGAUAUGGCCCAUACGUCGCAGGUGCCUAUUUCAUCCUGAAGCAGGGAGGCGCAGUCAAGUUCCAGGGCAAGGAGUGGAUACGGUCAAGUGGGCGUGGCCACUACUCUCUCGAGUUCCUGAACUUCCAGGCGACACCGGUAGAGGCUGUGGAUGCCAGUGGCUGUGCCAUCAAUUACCAGGGCCUGGACAACCUCUUGGCCCUGAAGGAGCUCCAGUCCCUGCAGCUGCAGCGCUGUCCCCAUGUGGAUGACUGGUGUCUCAGCCGCCUCUACCAGCUGGCCGACUCAUUGCAGGAGCUCUCGCUGGCUGGUUGCCCCCGAAUCUCCGAACGAGGCCUUGCCUGCCUCCACCACCUCCAGAAGCUCCGCAGGCUGGACAUCUCAGACCUCCCCGCCGUGUCCAGUCCAGGCCUCACUCGGAUCUUGGUGGAGGAGAUGCUGCCCAACUGCGAGGUUCUAGGGGCUGAGUGGACCGAGGGCCUGAAGUUGGGGCCAGAGAAGCAGUCUCGGGGCACAGCCAGCCCCAUCCCUGCCUAGACUAUGACCCCUCCUCCCCAUCAAGCUGGAUCUCAGCAGCGCCGUGUUGAGUGUCUGACAGUUCUCCAAACUUCUGGCUUCCAGUGGGGCUCUGUCAUCGUGGGGGGUGGGGAAGGAUGAGGGGUAUGGCAAUGACAGGUCAGAGGGAAGGAGAGCAUGUGGUCCCGCUUAGGGGUGCCCUGGCUGGCUGCACCCUGGCCUGAAGGACACAGUUUCUGUCAUCCUGUCAGGCAGCUCUUCCUACACACUUCUCUCCUUCCAGUUCCAAUAACCCUUCCGCCUCUUCAAGCCUGGGGCAGGUAAAGGGUUCCUGGCUGCAAGUAGCCCCAAGGAGCUGCACUCCCCCUUGUGGCCUCCCCACCUUGCCCACUGCUGUGUCAAGAGACUCUUCUCAAAUUAUCCUCAUUUAGGUGUACGCCAUUUCCUGCCAUUUCCAGGAUAUGCUACAGGCAUUCCAUAGGGAUGGCUUUUCCCUAUGUGGGACUAGGUAGCUCACCGCAGGGUACAGCAUCCCUGGCCCACACUUUGGGGGGCCAGGAGCCCCCCAAAUCCUAUGGGAUCCCCGCUUAUUGAUUUGACUCUCAGCUCCAAAUUCAACUUUUUUGUCUGCUCAGUGAAAACUGAUUUGGGCCUUUGAAAUGUUUUUCCUUUGCUAACUGGCAUAAUAAGCUUUGUCAGUAGAGGGCGCUUAAGAGACACUAUAGGAGGCAAGGGUUUUGCUUCCUGGUUCCUGUUUUGCUGUGCUGGCUCUACGUUCCUGCAGCGCAUGUGGCUUCCCCAGCCCAGGUAGUGAGCAGCCGCCCUUGGUGCCCCCUCCCCCCAGCAAUUUCAUAGAGGAGUGCCUCCACUGAGACACCCUGUGAAUGAGUCCACCACACCCCAGGAGGUGGAUUUCCAGUAAAUUCCUAGACACUGUACCAAUGAAUCCCUUGUCACUUUAGUUCACUGUUAGUGAAUAAUUCUUAAUAUUAAACUUCCCCUGUUCAAAUUACUUUUUUUCUCUCCU